GUUCCCUCUCCCCUUCUCUGUGCUUCUGCGACUGCCAUGGCAACAACGCGCGUUGCAAGGGCCUUCGCAUCCCGGCCGUUGAUUCGCCGGUGCUCAUCGGCCGGCGAAGUGUCGUCUUCUCCGAUUGGAGCUCCGUUCCGUGGGGUGUCCAACCCCCGGUGGGCCUCGUCAUCGUCCGAUUCGUCGAAUUUCAAUAAGAAGAUCCCCGACCGCUUAUCCGCCGUCAUCGAUGCCGUCAACGACAGUAAGCUCCCUCCGGAGCUCCGUGGCCAACGUAACGCCGUCAGAUCUGAAACUGAUAUUAUAAAUAUAGUUGAGCAAAGGAUAUGGCAUUCCAUGGAAGAAGGGCAGUUUGAGAAUUUACCAGGGAAAGGAAAGCCCCUUGAUCUUAACACUAAUCCGCAUGCUGAUCCCGCUGAAGACACCUUAUACAGAAUUCUUUCAAGAAAUAAAUGUGCACCAGAGUGGGUUGAGCUGAACAAAGAAAUCAGGAAUAAUAUCGCUGAAUGGCGACUAGCCCUGCAUAGAGCCUUAGCGCAUAAGGCAGAAGGAAAAAACUCUAAAUGGACCGAACUCGCAGAUGCUCUGAAAACGCAGUUGCGUGGCAUUAAUGAUAAAGUUUUCCGCUACAACCUCAUCGUUCCUUUUGGCCGCCAGAUGUUUGGUCUGAAAUGGGAGAAAGAACUAGACCGCUUGAAUGAUAAAAAAGUAGAUUCCCGAGGGGAAUGACCAUUCUGCUGAAGGUUUCCCGCAGUAUGUGCUUCUUACUUUUUCUUCACAUAUCAAUACCUUCCCCCUUAAUCUUAAGAUUAGGAACAUCAAUGGCGUAGAAAUGUUCUUAUCCAUUACCUUUUUGCUGCAAGUGUACCGGAUGACUUCGACAUCAUGUUGUAUCUGUAAUUUUCACUUUUCAGAGAUCAUAAAUAAAAAUAAAAAAGAAUUAGAAGAGCCAUCACUGAUGAGAUUGGCAAGAAAA